AAUAAAACCCACUUUAACCCAGUGAAGAAGAAAACGUCAACAGGAAGAGGAGCUGCUGAUGCUAAAGGUCUCCAGCAUGGCGGGCAGACGGGCUCUGAAGGCCGUGCUCAUUGACCUGAGUGGAACUCUGCAUAUAGAAGACACAGCGGUGCCCGGGGCGCAGGACGCCCUGAACAGGUUACGGCAGGCGUCUGUUGCUGUAAAGUUUGUGACCAACACAACAAAGGAGAGCAAGAGGAACUUACUGGAACGACUGCAACGUCUCAACUUUGACGUCCAGGAAAAAGAGAUCUUCACUUCUCUGAGUGCAGCGAGGAGUUUGUUAGAGCAGAAGCAACACAGGCCUCUGCUGCUGGUGGAGGACAGCGCACUGGAAGACUUCACUGGUAUUGACACGUCAGAGCCAAACGCUGUCGUCGUGGGACUCGCUCCUGAUCACUUCAACUACCAAACACUCAACAAGGCUUUCAGAAUGAUUCUGGAUGGAGCGCCUCUCAUCGCCAUCCAUAAAGCCCGGUACUACAAACGUAAGGAUGGUUUGGCCCUCGGCCCCGGGCCCUUUGUGACAGGUCUUGAGUACGCAACAGACUGUAAAGCUACUGUGGUGGGAAAACCAGAAGAGACUUUUUUCACACAGGCUCUGUCUGAUUUAGGAUGCAGCCCAGUAGAAGCUGUCAUGAUAGGAGAUGACGCCAGAGAUGAUGUGGGCGGGGCUCAGAACACAGGAAUUUUGGGAAUUUUAGUCAGAACUGGUAAAUACAGAGAAGGAGAUGAGAAUAAAAUCAACCCUCCUCCCCACCUGACAUGUGACAGUUUCCCAGAUGCUGUCGAACACAUCCUGAACAACCUGCUAUAAGUAACAGAAUCUUUCUUUUGCUCUUUUUCGGUAGUUGUUUUAACACUGGAGGGAAAGAAAUGAUUAAAUUAUUCCCCUCAUCCUAGACAUCCUUAAUUAUUCUACUCAUCCCCUCAGCCUGAAUAAGGAAAAAUAACAAUUCCGUAAUCCUCAUAAGUGUGACUGAUUGAUCUGUAAUCAAAACGUCCAUUUGAUGUAAGACUUCUCUCUCCAAAAUGUUUAAAAGUAAUAGCAUGCAUUUCAAAAGUACCAACCAUCUGUUGCACAUGAUAACAAAAGUUUUGUCAUUAUAUCAUAAUGUAUAAAGUUUGAAUUUAAAAAAAUGCAGCUGGUAA